GGGUAUUUUCUGGGUGCCCCCUCCCGGCUCCGAGAAGCGGCGGGGCGUCGGUGGUCCCCCGAGCGGGCGCCACGCUAAGCGAGGGCCACCCGGCCCGAGCGGCCGCGGCCCGCCGCCCAGCCGUGUUUUCCCCGACCCGGCUCGGGCUGCCCCUCCCCCGGGACCCUCCCCUCGGGAACGGUCGCUCGCGGCAGUUUGGACGGGCUCCCUUGGCGCGAAAAGGUGGACAAGUCCUAUUUUCAAGAGAAGAUGACUUUUAACAGUUUUGAAGGAUCUAGAACUUGUGUACCUGCAGACACCAAUAAGGAUGAAGAAUUUGUAGAAGAGUUUAAUAGAUUAAAAACAUUUGCUAACUUUCCAAGUGGUAGCCCUGUUUCAGCUUCAACAUUGGCACGAGCAGGGUUUCUUUAUACUGGUGAAGGAGAUACUGUACAGUGCUUUAGUUGUCGUGUGGCAGUAGAUAGAUGGCAAUACGGAGACUCAGCUGUUGGAAGACACAGGCAAAUAUCCCCAAAUUGCAGAUUUAUCAAUGGUUUUUAUUUUGAAAACAGUGCCACACAGUCUACAAAUCCUGGUAUCCAAAAUGGCCAGUACAAAGCUGAAAACUAUGUGGGAAACAGAAAUCAUUUUGCUCUUGACAGGCCAUCUGAGACUCAUGCGGAUUAUCUUUUGAGAACUGGACAGGUUGUAGAUAUUUCAGAUACCAUAUACCCGAGGAACCCUGCCAUGUGUAGUGAAGAAGCCAGAUUGAAGUCCUUUCUGAACUGGCCAGACUAUGCCCACUUAACCCCCAGAGAGCUAGCCAGUGCUGGACUCUACUACACAGGGAUUGAUGAUCAAGUGCAGUGCUUUUGUUGUGGUGGAAAACUGAAAAAUUGGGAACCCUGUGAUCGUGCCUGGUCAGAGCACAGGAGACACUUCCCCAAUUGCUUCUUUGUUUUGGGCCGAAAUGUUAAUGUUCGAAGUGAAUCUGGUGUGAGUUCUGAUAGGAAUUUCCCAAAUUCGGCAAAUUCUCCAAGAAAUCCAGCCAUGGCAGACUAUGAAGCACGGAUCGUUACUUUUGGAACAUGGAUAUACUCAGUUAACAAGGAGCAGCUUGCAAGAGCUGGAUUUUAUGCUUUAGGAGAAGGUGAUAAAGUGAAGUGCUUUCACUGUGGAGGAGGGCUCACGGAUUGGAAGCCAAGUGAAGACCCUUGGGAACAGCAUGCUAAGUGGUACCCAGGGUGUAAAUAUCUAUUGGAUGAGAAGGGGCAAGAAUAUAUCAGUAAUAUCCAUUUAACCCAUUCACUUGGGGAAUCUUUGGUAAGAACAGCUGAAAAAACACCUUUGCUAACUAAAAGAAUUGAUGAUACCAUCUUCCAGAAUCCUAUGGUACAAGAAGCUAUACGAAUGGGAUUCAGUUUCAGGGACAUUAAGAAAACAAUGGAAGAAAAGAUCCAAACAUCUGGGAGCAGCUAUCUAUCCCUUGAGGUUCUGAUUGCAGAUCUAGUGAGUGCUCAGAAAGAUAAUACACAGGACGAGUCAAGUCAGACUUCAUUGCAGAAAGACAUUAGUACUGAAGAGCAGCUGAGGCGCCUACAAGAGGAGAAGCUUUGCAAAAUCUGCAUGGAUAGAAAUAUUGCGGUAGUUUUUGUUCCUUGUGGACAUCUGGUCACUUGUAAACAAUGUGCCGAAGCAGUUGACAAAUGUCCCAUGUGCUACACAAUCAUUACAUUCAAGCAAAAAAUUUUUAUGUCUUAAUUCAGAGCCACAGUAGGCAUGUUUUGUUCUUCUUUAAUUGAAUGUGUGAUGUGAGCAAACUUUAAGUAAUCAGCAUUGCAUUCCAUUAGCAUCUGCUCCCAAGUGGAAACAAAUGUUAACAACACUGUUACUGUCUAAACUUUGAAUUUCUGGAACUUUCAGGUUAUUAGCUAUAUCGUUUCUCCAACUUUUUACUCAAUUAAAGCCUUAGACAAAGAAGCAUUUAAUAUUAUAACUUUUCACCUUGUGUAUUUUUAGUACACUGACUUGAUUUCUGUAAGUGAAUUAAUCACUAGCAUUUUUCAUUCCUUUUGGAUAAGCUUAACAAAUGGAGUGUUCUGUAUAAGCAAGGAGAUUUGAGUUAAUCUACCCAGUCGGUCAUUGUGUUUAUUGUGAACAGGGAAUGAACUGCUCCACACUGGUGGGAGGAUAAACAUUGGUUUGUAGAUGUUUGUCUCUGUGCUUUAGGAGUCUGUCCAUUUUGUUUCACAAUUAUAAACAUACUUGUAUGAAUGAUUUUAAGUGAUUUUGCCAUCUCCCAAAAGAUAUUUAAUGGCAAACUGCUUAUCUAACCAGCAUAUACUAACAUGAAAAGACAACAAAAAUACAGUACAUGUAAAAUACAAAUGGCAAAACAUUAUAUAUAGUUUGAGCCAAAUCAAAGUGUGAAUUUUAUAUCUGUGUAGGACAAAAAAAAAGAUUUGGAAAGAUAUGCAUCACACUCUUAAGUAUGUUUUUUCUUGAGGGGGGUUGGGGUAUGGGUCUUAGAGGGGCUUAUAGGAGUCCUUCUGUUUUUCAUUUUGUUCUGUUUCAACUUUAUAUAAGUAUGUAUUACUUUUAUAUAAUCAGAAUUUUUAGAAAUAUUUUACUGAUUCAAAGGCUUAGGCAUGUUCAAACGUCUGCAAAACUACUUAUUGCUCAGUUUUAGUUUUUCUAAUCCAAGAAGGCAGGCCAGUUAACUUUUCUGGUGCCAAUGUGAAAUUUAAAUGUUUUUGUUUUGCCUGCUUUGUGGAUGUAAAAUAUUUCUGAGUGGUAGUUUUCUGACAGGUAGACCAUGUCUUCUUAUCUUGUUUCAAAAUAAGUCUUUCUGAUUUUGUAAAAUGAAAUAUAAAAUAUUGUCUCAGAUCUUCCAAUUAAUUAGUAAGGAUUCAUCCUUAAUCCUUGCUAGUUUAAGCCUGCCUAAGUCACUUUACUAAAAGAUCUUUGUUAACCCAGUAUUUUAAACAAAUGUCUGCUUAUGUAGGUAAAAGUAGAAGCAUGUUUGUAUGCUGCUUGUAGUUUUAGUGACAGCUUUCCUUGUUGAGAUUCUCAUGUCAUUUUGUGUCCUAAAAGUUUCAUGUGAGUUUUUACUGUUAGGAAGAUUAAGAUGUAUAUAGUACAGAAUGGUAAGUCUCUGAUUGUUUUGUGUUUGUUUCUUGACUAGUAAUGGUAGUAAAUACUUUAAAAUAUUUUCUCAAGAUUAAGACCUCUUGGAAAUUGCAACAUACUGACAAGAGUAGUUGUUUAAAUACUUUUGACAACUUUUAUAAGAAUCAAUAUGAAUAAAAUCCACCUAAAUGUUUCAUGGAACACAGAAUUUACCCUAAACAAUUAUCAUGAUAGACCUCUUACAGAGACUGGUCUGUUUUACUACAGAGUACAGUUUGAGAGUGAAACUGUUACAAUUUAGGUUUUUGUUGUAUUUUCUAAGAGAAAGAGUAUUGUUAGGUUCUCCUAACUUCUGUUGACUACUAUGGUAAGUGAUGUCAUUUUAAUUGCAAAUUUAAAUAGAAAAUAGCAGAAUUAAGUAAAUGAUUGCCCUUUUUUUCUCUUUGCUUUUUUUCAUGAAAAUCCUUAAUUCUUUUCAUUGUCUCCUACUUAGGUUCAGUUGUGUAGUCAUUAAGUUGAACCUGAUCUAAAUUGACUAAGGUUUAAAUUUAAAUUUACAUUUAAAGCAUUCCACAAGGGGAUAAAAGUGUUAAUUUAAAAAAAUGUUUCCUAAAACACUUCAGGUACAAGUCACGUAGGUAGUUUGUUUAAUCUAGCUGUUCGCCAAGGAUUCAAGGACUGAAUUGUUUUUGAAUAAGGCUUUUCUUGUUCUGGGAGCCUCAGUUCAUUAAAACUCUCCUUUUCAAACUUGUGUGCUGAGAGUUAAGCAAGACCUCUUUUUUUGUCUUCAUGAGUUGCGAAAUUGAAUUCAUGAAGCUGAUGUGGCUAACAAGUUUAUUUUAAGAAUUGUUUAGAAAAUGCUGUUACUUCGGGUUCUUAAAAUCACAGCACUCCAACUCUAAUCAAAUUGUUGGAGACUUACCAGAGUUGGUCUGAGCUCACAAAAAAAUACCCACUGAAUCCUUUCCAAUAUAACAGCAAAAAAUUGGUCACUUGGCAGGUCAAAAUAUUACCAGAUUCAAAUCACCCACCCCGAGAGUUCUCAGUAUCUCUGUAUUGAUGUUCUUUUCUGUGUAAAGUUCACUCUAGGAUUUUGAAGUAACCACCUAUUUUACUACAUAUCAGUCAUGUGAAAUUUGAAGUUAUUUUGUAAUAGUUUUAUUUGUAAUUUACUGUGCUAAUCAAAAUUUUGUGUUUGGCGUUUAUUAAAUAGAGUUUAUUUGAUUAAUGGCUUAGUAUUCCCUUUCCUGCUAGAUUUUGCCUCUUCCUUUGGUAGGGGUAGAGGUGAGGUGAGUGUAGUAAGUGAAUAUAAUGUGAUUUGGCUUUGUUAUAACAUUUUGUUGUUUUGUUAUUUAAAAUGUACUUUUUCUGUUUUAAUUUUGUAGGUAAAAUUUAGAUCUUGAGCUUUGUGAAUGGAAACUAUCACCCCAGCAUUAGCUGCAUUUGUUAUUCCCAUUAGACCUAAAUCGUUGUUUUACUAGUAACUGCCUGGGUACUGAAUAAGAGAAGAGGAGAGAUGAAAUAGAUUGUAGACCAUUGCUGUUAGAGAAAUAAGAAAAUGGACAAAUUUAAUCAAAUCUCUUUUUAAGAAGGUAGCUGUCCGCAAAGAAAUGAGCUGGCCGAAUAGGCUUCACAACCUGAGGUCAGAUCUCCAGAACACACAUAAAAGCUGGGUGUACUAGCCCAAGUAUCUGUAAUCCCAAGGCCAGCUAAUUUGACUUAGGCAUUAGCAGAGACCCUGUUAAGGUAGGAAGGUUGUCCUUUGGCUUAUCUGCCUUCUAAUAUGCAUUAUGCCACCUAUACUCACACACACACACACACACACACAUACACACAUACAUACACACACACACACACACACACACACACACACACACACACAAAGUAGCUUAUCUGUAUAAUAAGAGUAUUUAUUACCUUAACCAUUUUAUCCAAGAUGAUGGAACUCAACUCAAGGAGAAUACACCUUAAAUGUUUUAAGUAUUAACUCUCAAACUAAAACUUUUUUUCCGAGACAGGGUUUCUCUGUGUAACCCAGGCUGUACUCAAACUCAGACAUCCACCUACCUCUGCCUCUGCCUCUGCCUCUGCCUCCAGAGUGCUGGAAUUAAAGGUGUGUGCCACUACAGCCCAGAUUCAUCCUAAAACUUGUAGACCUUCCAUAGGUUUUCCUUGAUGGAGGACUUGGACUAAAGCUUAAUAGACAGCCUGGAAAGAUAACUCAGCCACUAAGAGUACUUGCUGCUUCUACAUAGGACCAAGGCUCAGUUCCCAGCACCCACAGGGUGGCUUACAACUGAAUGUUAGCUCCAGCUUUGGUCUUUCUGGUGCUCUAUUUUGGCCAGAAAUAUUGGUGGUACAUGGGCACCUACAUGCAUGUACAUAUAUACAAACAUACACACAUACACAUAAAAUAAAAAUGAUCUUUAAAGCUUAAA